AGUGCGCCGCCUGCCACUCGCAGUCCGUCGCGCAUUCAGUGUCCAACCGCGCCGCAACGCAUCGUCGCCACGCACACGCAAGCGCGCUCAACGAAUUAUUACUGUUUUAUAAUAUUAUAAUAUACUGUUUUUAUUAUUAUUAUUAUAGUUAUUACCUAUUGGUCUAUACAUUGGUGCGGACGCGGAACGCACGUAAAUAAGAACGAUAACAUUGUUGUAAUAAUAUCACGCGUUGUUAUUAGGUACCAUUAUAUUGUCUAUACGAUUCGUGCGGAGAUUACCAGCUACCUAUACACUUCGGCACCUCGACUGCAGAUUCGAUGAUACGAAACGUAACCGCUACAGUCAACCGAAAUGUGCCGGUCGCGUUGCUAACACCACUCGCACAUUAACGACGAUAUAAGGAUCGCUCAAACCGUAUACUGCAAGCGUCCAAGUAUUUCGUAUCGCCCGUAGAGUAUAAAAUCGUGAAAACACAUAUUCUUCGUCGUGAUUAAGUGCUGCGGUUAAUUUUUCGUGCGACUAACGGCGGUCUGAACGGAAAUCUUCGCCGCGGCGUCAACAUGGUCGACGAGACCAAGUGCAGUUCGGUCGAGGACGGCACGACCACGGACGAGGAUCGGGACGUCCGCGUCGAUUCCGGCGGAUCGGACGAGGAGCUGUGCAUGGACGAAGAAGACGAGGACGACGUGUCGUCACCGACCUCGGCGGCGCCCGGCGCCCUCACGUUCGGCAUAUCCCGUCUGUUGGCCGGCGGCGGCGGCGGCGGUGGCGGCGGACGUGGCGCAGACGAAUUGGCGUCCAAGCGGUCGGCGUCCUGCGCCGGCAUGGCCGCGGCCGCCGUAUCCGGUCCGGCGGAGGCGCUCGCUUCGCUGUACGCGGCCGGACAUCACCACGCGGCCGUGUUCGGUCUUCACCAUCACCUGCACCAGCAACAGCACAUGGCCGCCGCCGCGGCCGCCGCUCACCAAGCCGCCGCCGCAGCCGCGGCCGCGGCCAACAAGCCGGCCGACGACAAGACUUACCUACAAUACUCGGGAGCGGCGGGCGUGAUCAAGGUUCCUGCUCACCGGCCGCACCCGUCAAACGGCACCGGUGGCGGUGGAGCGCCCGGUCCGAUGCAGUCUCCGUGGGCCGCAGCCGCAGCCAUCGACCCGGUGUCGUUCAUGCAGCGCAACGCUUUCCUGUUCGCAGCCGAUAAGAACCGACUGGCAGCCGGUUGUGCUGGUGGACUUUUGGGCACCCGGCGCAUUGGACACCCGUACCAGAACCGAACGCCACCCAAGAGAAAAAAGCCGCGUACAUCGUUCACUCGCAGUCAAAUAUCACAGUUGGAAGAGAAGUUCAAUAAGCACAGAUACCUUUCAUCUGUCGAUCGCGCGGCUCUAGCGAAAGCGCUCAAGAUGACCGACGCGCAGGUCAAAACAUGGUUCCAAAACAGACGCACCAAAUGGAGACGUCACAUGAUGGAAGAACGAGAAGCUCAGAGGCAGAUGGCCACGAAAAUGAUGCAGUCCAUGAUGGACGACAGAGACGGCGGAGUACGUCUGGGCGCGCUGCAGGGUCUACAGGCCUGGUCUCCGGCAGCCAUGUCACCCGGCGGCGGACCCGGAGGCGUCGGCGGAUCGCCAGUGGCGCCCCAACCGCCACCAGGACACUUUGCCCUGUCACAGCCUCCGGUCGCUUCGCCCAUGUGCUGAACGGACUUUGGACCGCGUCCGGCGGUUUUUAUUUUUCGUCGCUAUCACGUGUACUCAGAUUCCUAAGUCCUCGCGACACGCUCCGUACUAAUAUUAAAUAAAAUUAUGUUUUAACGAGACCUAUCGUGUGUACCGAUCUGCAGUGAUCGUACCGAUGAUGUUGGGUCGAGCGAAUACAAAUAUUUUUAUUUUGAAUAAUAUUUUACCUACAAGCGUGUGAUAGUAAUAUUAUUGUAGUCAUUUUAACGUAUAAUAUAUUAAUAUAUCCUGUACAGAGAUUCGUAUUUUUAUGCCAUUUUUUUGUGUGAUGAUUAUAAUCAUUAUGUGUCGUAUAUUACAUAAAAAAAAUAUUAUACGUAAGACUCGGAUCCGCGAAUCGCAAUACCUCAUGAAAUACAAUGAAUAUUAAAAACAAAUACUGAUAGUAUAAUACAUAUUUCAUAUCGAAAAAUUUAAAAUAGUUUGUUCUUUUACUAUCGGUGAAAAAAAAAAUACAAACUCAAAUAAAAUAUAAAAUCCUUUUAUUUUCGAAAUAUAAUAAUUAUCACUUUUUAGUAAGUAUGUGUAAGUUGCAUACAUUCGUUCAAAUCGGUCUCCUACUCUCCUGCACAUAUACGACGCUAAACCAUAUAUCUAAUAUAUUUAAUAUACGGGUAUACAUAAUAUUAUAAUAUGGUUUAAGCAGAGCACGGCGAUGUACCUAUGUGGUUCGGUGACUGUAUAGGUAUAUUGCAUUAUAACAUCGUAUCGAUUCAUUUUAUUAUUAUAUUAUUGUGUAAUGUACGACAUACAGUUUAUAGUCAUCAUAUUAUAUGAUAUAUCGUUCUCGUUUCGUAUACACAAUGUCCACGCCAUUGUAUUACCAAUAAUAUAUUAUAAUUGUGUAUUUUUAAUUUAAACAUUAUUGAAACUUUUAUAGCAUUUAAAUAUCAUAUUUUAUCUCAUAUAUUUAUUUUUCUUUGACGUUUAUUGCGUGUAUAUAAUAUAAAAAAAUACCUAUUAUUAUUAGUUGUAGUAGUAAUAGUAUUUAUAUGUUAUAAAUAUACAGGUGCAUCUUAAAAGUUUUCGAUCAGCUAUAUAUAUGUAUAUAAGGAACGUUUUAGACUUUUGGCUUGUGUAUACAAAUAUGUAUAUGUAUAUUAUAACACAGUGAUCAUAAAUUAUAAUAUUAUACAUAUUUUAUACAUUUCGGAAAACUAGGCGUGUGCAAUCAAAUAUCGAUUUUAAUAACAGUUUUGAACCAAAACACGGCUCUUAAAUGAGGUUACGCGACCAGCGCAGAUCCCGAAUACACAUGUAUCAUAUUAUUGACAGUUGUUCCAAAAAAUCUCGAGGCGCUCUACACUUCGUGUACAAGAGACAGGCAAAUAAUUAUUAUGUUAUUUGAAUAACAUUUCAUUCGAAUAAUUUCCUAUAUUCUGCGGUGACAGGUGAAUGUGAUAAUAAUAAUAGUAAUUAUAAUAAUAUUAUGCAUGUUGGUGUACAUGAGACCGGGAAUUUUUCGAUUCGUAAAUUAAUAUCAAAUAUCGUUAUAAAAUAGUUUUAUUAUUCUAUACAAGUAGCCACGUGAAAUUAAAAUAUACUCACAACAUGACACAUAAAUAUAUCACUCAUUAUUACGCGAUAAGGUACUUUAUAAUCUAAUAUUAUUUUGUAUUUAUAUAAAGGUAAUAAUAUUAUUAUUUAUAUAAAUUGUAAAUUUUUAUUUGUAAUAUGUACGAGUGCAAUGUUAGAUAUUAUUUAUUAAUUAUUAUUAUAUAGUUAUAUUAUUAUAUAUAGUGAGUAAAAGAGGCAUUAAGCAUAAUAAUAUUAUAUAGGUAUAUUACAUGUUUUAUUUAUUAUAUGAAUUUCAUUUUCGUUUUUAAGGCAUUCCCACACUGUACAUAUAAAAUAUAUAAAUCAUGUAUAUAUAGAUGAUAAAUACAUACGUUUGUAUGUAUAGAUAUAAGUUUAGAUACGCGAUAAAUGGACGAAAAAAAUCAUUAUUUCAAUAUUGUUAUAACUAAUAUUAUUCGUAAUUUUCCAAUGGACCAGAUCAUUGUACUAUGUUUUUCGUUUGAAUAAUAAUAAUGAUAAUAAAAAUGUUACAAAAAUACCUAAUGAUAAAAAUAUGAUGUUUUAUUGUAUUAUAUAUAGUGUCAUAGUAAUAAUAUAAUAUAUAAAUAUAUAUUAUGUAAUAUCGCUUGAUUAAUAUACAUUAAGUACACCAUAUUAUAUACCUAUAUAUACGUAGAUAUUAAUGACUUGUAAUGAUAAUCGUCAACGAUGAAACGCGAGUAAAUUAUAUUUUAUAUAUGAAGCCAUAUUAUAAUAUUACGAUGUUUGAAGUGGUGCAGUGUUUCGUUUUAAAAUUAUUAAGUAGGUAGAUAUAUAUUAUGUAGGUAGGUAUUAUAGCUUUAGUCAUGUUUUAUUAUACAUUAUUAUCAUUUAUAUAUACAUAUAGGUAUGUGCUGUAUCUAUACAUUUCGUGCUAAAUAUGCCAUUUAUUAGUAUAUUAUGGUACUAUUAUUACAUAUUAUUUAUAAUAUUGUUGUAAAUGUUACAAACUACUUAUUUUUUUUUUUUUAUAAAAGAUCGUCGCGCAUAUAUAUUGAUUUAUACAUUUUUAUCGUCUCGGAAUACUAUAUAUAUUAUAUAUAUUAUCAUUGUGCUUAAUAAACUAUAUGUAUACAUAUAAUACAUAUGUAUAAUGUAUAUAUUCAUAUAUAACAUUAAAAGUUUUUUUUUUUUAUUUUCGAUAGCACUCGAACUAUGUGACAAUGUACACAUUUACUGUUCGGUGACUACGAGUAACUAUAUACAUAUGUAGUUUAAUAAUACCUGCAAAAAGUCUAUUCCGGCUGGUGUACCGUUUUCACGGUCGAUUUUUUGUAUCAAAUUGUAUUAUUUACAUAUAAUAAUUAUAAUAAAUGU